GUCACCUGGGUUGAACAGGUCCAAUCACUAUGUACAACGAUUAAAGGACAUUGGUACGACUGACUAUGAAGUAUCAACGAUCACAUGGCAUCGAUCUUUAUCUGGAAUUGCUCGUUAUGAAAGACCAAAAGAUGGUGUUCAACAAUUUGCCUUAAAUAAUUUAAUAGCUUCGAUAGAUUCUUCUGAAACUAUAACUGCUACAUCUAAUACCCAACUUUCUCUUCCUGCCAAUACACUUUCUACUAAUAACUUGUACCAAAGAUUUAAAUCUGCAAGACAAAUUUAUCAAGGCAACACGAAAGUUUCAGAAUCAACAUUACAAUUAACAGACCCUCCAAUAUUAUCAAACCUCGAAGCCUUAGCACCAACAACACAAAUAGCAAACCACCCAGCAUUAUCAAACCAAGAAGCUCCAACACUAACACUAUUAGCAAACUCAAGUUUGAGAUAUCUAUUGCAACCAAUAUCCAAUAAUUAUGUUAAAACCCAAGAAUUGCAAGAAAUA